AUGCUAAAGUUGGUUCAUUCUUCUACAAGGUUAGGAAUAAGAAGUGGUGUUUUAAAUGCUAAAUAUAAUAUUAAACCGCCAAUAUCCAUUACUUUGAGACUUACAAGAAACUUACAAACUACAAGCCCAAAUUUCAGAGAGCUAACUGAAAAGGAAACAAAACAAUUACAAGAAGACCUAGCCAAUGCAGAGCAUGAUCAUAUCCAUUUGCGUGAAAGUGAAACUGAAAAAAAUGAUUCCUUUCAAUUGGGUACAAUGUUAAAUAGAGCAUCCCACCAUCACCAUCACGCUACUUCGACUUCAGACACCUUUAUGUCUCUGUUAUUAGAUAAAAAACAAUUUAAAAAAAAUCCAGGUGUGAGAAUAACUUGGAUUGGUCUAGGUGUGAACGUCGGCUUAGCACUGGGUAAAUUUUUUGGUGGUAUCGUUUUCCACUCUCAGGCUUUAUUGGCUGAUGCCGUUCAUGCUGCUAGUGACUUGGUUGCUGAUUUUUUAACCUUAAUUAGUGUUAAUUUGAGCAAAAAACCUCCAACCAAAGAAUAUCCAUACGGGUUUGGGAAAGUGGAAACUAUUGGUGGUUUAGCUGUUUCUUCUAUUUUGGCGUUUGCUGGUUUUAGCAUUGGUUAUUCUUCUCUAAUAUCUAUUGUGGGGCCUAUUAUUCCCCACACUUUAUUAGAAAUCCUCCAUAUUCAUGCACAUUCUCAUGCAGUUGAUAUAGCCACAAAUGUUAACGCCGCCUGGAUCGCAGCCGGUUCCAUAGCUGUUAAAGAAUGGUUGUUCCAAUGCACUAAAAAAAUUGCCCUUGAACAAAACUCUAGUGUCCUAUUAGCUAAUGCUUGGCACCACAGAGUUGACUCUUUAACCUCUUUAGUUGCUCUAGUUACUAUUUCUUCCGGUUACUUGUUUGGAAUUACUUCUUUAGAUGCAGUCGGUGGAUUGCUUGUUUCGGGCCUGGUCUUGAAAGCUGGUAUUUCAGGCAUGGCAUCGUCCUGUAAGGAACUAUUAGAUAAAGCGCUUUCAGAGACUGACCCAAAGUAUAUUUCUGUGGAAAAUAUAAUUAGAGACUCUUUAACUAAAAUGGUCUCGAACAACAACUCUAAAAAGCCAUAUACUUUGGUGAAUUUAACGUUGUUAACUAGUGGACCAAAUCUGCACGCUAAUUUACUGUUAGAAGUUCCAUUGCAGAAAUGGGAUAAUGUCCUAGGUAUUAAAGAAUUUGAGAUUGUAACUGAUCAUUUAAGAAAUAUCUUGAUGGCCAAUGUACCUCACUUGAAACAGGUUCACGUAGAAUAUAUUGAGGAAAAGCCUAAAUUGAAUGAUGAAGAAAAGAAAGAGUUACAAAGCCAACGUGAAAUGGAUACCGCACCAAUUCCCGAAGCUGCCAUUAAAUGUGACCAUGAUCAUGGACACAAUCAUUCUCAUUUAUUUGGUAAUGGGGGCCAUACUCAUUUUCAUUAG